UCAGUGUUCAGUCAAAAAGAGAGUGUCCAUCGCGGCGGAGUCAAGUGUAGGUAGCUGCCAAGUGCGAUCUCAAAUCCUGUUCUGUCCAUAUUUACCUGCGCUGCUACUAAACUUGGACAAUUUUACCAGCAGCAGUUGCUAAAGCAUUAGAAAUUCGCACUUUUCGUGAGUAGGAAAGCGAUCCGGGCGAAAUUCGUCUCACGGUAAUAAUGGACGGCUGCUAACAGCAAGAGUUUCCAAGUGCACAGUGGUGGUCCUUCUCCACAUCAGACGUUUUCUUUGUCGGAUAAUGCGGUGACGGUCGGUCGAUUCGAGAACGUCGUAGAUUCUUGAAAGAGCGCUUUUCGGGUCAUCGGAAGAAAAUUGAACAGUGUUCGAUCGAGUGAGUUUUUACUAAUUCCGCGAAUCGUCGUCCUCUUUGUUGGCUGAUUGGCGCUGUUGGAUGCAAGCAAAAGCCCACACCAGUUCCAGAACCAUAUAUAAAACGAAAAUGGAUUGCUCAUAAUGGUGGUGUGAAAAACUCGUUCCGUUCCGAAUCGGAGGAGUUUGCUGUCGCUGGAUUUCAGUGUGUGUGCAAAAAGGAAGAAAGUUCCGAGAUGCUGUCAUAGCUUUGGCAUCGUAGUAACCUGUGCGAUAAGUUUUUGAGGACUGAUUCGAAAUGGGAGUUCUCCAAUUUAUUUCCAUCGAACUUUAGUCGGAAAGUGUAGUAAACAUACGCAGUCAGCCAAGAGUAGUUGAAGAGUGACGAAGAAGCACAGCGAACAAAGUCAGAAGAAACCGAAGAAACGACGACGACGAGACGAGACGACGGGGUGUUGUGAGCUAAAGCAGCACGAAAGGAAAGAACAGUCAGUCGCAGCAGAGUGGUGUUUGUGCGAGGUGUUCGAGAAGUAGAGUGGACGACAAAAAACAUAGUGCGCGAUGAUGAUGAUGUACUAAUCUAGGCACAGUGCAUAGAAGAUAGAAGAGGAGUACCUUUUUACUUUGUGUGUCAAAAGUGGGCCCCUUUUCGGAUAAGAAGUGUUGUUCGACACCGUCCAAAAGUGACGAAGAACAGCACGGUUGAAUCCUUUGCAGGUGAAGAAGAAUCCUCGUCAGCUUCCUGACCGUGAAGGGAGUUGAGAAAAUCGCCCUCUGCCAAGAGUGGAGGGGAGCAAAAGUAGUGUCCGCGAAGAAAAUACGUCACUUUCGGGAAGUCGGACAGAUUCUGCUGAGUGGUGUGGCUAUAUUAUGUAGAUCUAGUUGGGAUCGGAUUUUUCGGGGUCCUGCUGAGUGUCUCCGUCGUCGUGAAGUGAAGUCGCGAAAUCUUAUCUCGGGUGGUUUCUUCGACUGAGUUGAUUUAUUUUUUGUUCGUUUUAUUUUUCAUCUUUCUGUGCUAUCGCGUGUGUGUGCAAAAAAGCUGCUUCGACUUCGACUUUCGAGAAGUAUAGAGUGUGGGAUUUCCUGCUACCAAAAUCAGUGCAAGGGGAGAACAAACCGAGCCAAACACAGAUCUCGAGUCUCGAGUGGUGUGGUGCCAGUGGAGAGGAAGAGUGUGUUCUUUGUAGUCUGCGCCCUGCUGGCCCCUCUCAGUUCAGGUUCAGGAGCGCUCCUGUGUGGAUAGUAGCCGAUUCAGCGACGACGACGACGGCCCGCGGGGGGAAGCCAGCCUCUUGCUAGGACACGAUAGCCCUCGGAAACAUUCAUGAGAAGAGAUGGGAAUAAAGGCCAGUACAGCAAAUGGUGGACAGUCCAGUCCUAGAGCUAGAACCUUCUCCACCAGCAGCAGCUCGGAUGUCGUGUCCGCCGGUGCAGCAGCGGCGUACGAAAUAUCCUCCGCCAGUCCGGAAACCGACAGUAGCUCCGCGGAGGAGAAUGCCGCGGCGAGUGCCGCAUCACUAGCGCUAGGUAGGGUCUACGCGGCCACAUCCUUGCCGGCACACAUCUGGUCAUUGAAUGGCAUCAAAUGUCCAGUGUGCAGCAAGUUUGUCAUGCCCGACGACAUAGAGUGUCAUUUAGUAAUGUGCCUAACGAAACCUCGUUUGUCUUACAAUGAGGACUGCUUAACGGAUGCCAAGGGUGAAUGUGUUAUAUGCUUAGAAGAUUUAUGUCCCGGUGAUAUCAUUGCUAGAUUACCAUGCUUAUGCAUCUAUCAUAAAGGAUGUAUCGACAAAUGGUUCGAGGUGAAUCGCAGCUGUCCGGAACAUCCGGGUGACUAGUGAAGCUAAUUCGGUACGCGUCACGUUCGGUUUCCUGUUUCGUUUUUGUACUAGUUAUAGCGGAGCAAUCCGGCAGGUAGGAACGGGUCAUCCGAGCCAGGACGUGGCAACGAGGGGCUCACGCACGGGGGACGGGACGAGUCUACACUAGUGGUUAGUAGUAAUAGUUGUAGUAGUAAUUAAACAAUUGAAACACACUGCAAGAGAGAUCGAGCAACUGUGGAGUGAUGACGGUGAUGGACGUCGCGAGGAGGGUGUGCACGAGAGGGGGUUACGAUUUGCUGGGCAAAUCGAGACCCUCGGGAAAGUGGAAUCGUCAGCUAGCAGCAUCGAGGCCACCAACGCGGCCCAGACCGGAGAGAUGAUUGUUCCAGGAAGGACGAUUUCGCUUGUUUUAUAGUGAACGUUUAUUACCUGAUUUAAAUAUAUACCGAAGGCAAACAGACACGCAAUAUAAUCUUCACCUGGAAGCCACCUAGGUGCAAAGGUGGCCACGACGAAAAGGACAGCAUAACUGGGCAAGCUUUUUUACUGCAAUCAAUCGAUAAGUAGAUGCAAACGUAAACUAAGCUCACGUUUUGGAGAGUUGAAAUUGUUUUUUUUUCUGCGUGUAAAGCCAACAUUAGAAUCUACCAAAAAAAAAAUCAACCGGAAGAAGAGAAUACGCGCGAUUGAACUAAAAUAGCUAAUAUCAAAACGAACCUGUAGGCAUCUAUUUAGGCAAAUUAUACUUUUAACCAACUCUAUCCGAGGAUUACAUUUUGAACGUUUCACCAAUCGAACAACAAAUGGUUUUAAUUUUCUAUUCUCCUACCGCUCUUGACUGUCGAUUGUUAGCUGACGUUAGUGUGAGAGCAUAAAAACGAAUCAUAUAUAUAUAUACUAAUAAUUAAAAUGUGGAAGAAUGCAGUGUUGCUCGCGAAACACAUCGCUUUGUAAAUAUUAAAGAAUAAGCAAACGGAAGCAAGAGACGACGUUGAAAAACUAGAUCUAAAUAAAAAAACAAAUCUAACUGAUUAAAAAUAGUGAUCCAAACAAAGAAAACAGAACAAAAAAUGACAGAUUUGAUUAACGCGAAAGAAGAGGAAGAGAUCAUAACGAUAACUGUAAGUGAAAUUAUGUAGUGAUCUUAUUAUGAUUGACAACAAACAGACUAAAAACAAAAGGAAGAUCGAGAGAAUACUGUUAACAAUCCGCUACAGUCUUAAACACAUACAAACACACACAACCACACACAGAUACACAGAAACGAAACAAAACAAAUAGAAACAAUAACUACAUUAAAACAAUUUAAUAACGGCAACAGUAUGUUAUGUGUAUGAAGCAAAAAAAAAAUACAAUAAACAGAGCAAUUUUCUCAAUAUUUUCAAUUUCAA